UCAAAUGUCAAAUCAUCAAUCGUGCCCUCUUGCAUUCGGGCUUUCCCUGUCCAAGUAAAUAUACACAGAGUUUCGCUCGAGUGCGAUUGCGGUUUGACAGUGGUUCCAAGUGUACUGAUCUCUUCCGAUAUUUGAUGCCGGUUGGGUAAUGCUUAUUGUGUUUAUCUCGGCAUUCCACCUCUUCAACGACAUAUUGCACAGAUACCGCAGGAGCAGGAGCCCCACGCAGACCGAGCCCGCAACGGAACAGCCAGCCACGAUGAGUUCUUCGCUGAGUAAGGACACGCGACCGUCCCAAGCUAUAAAAUUCUUCGGCGACGAGGACAACCAGUGCUACGAGAUCACUGAAUCCGACAUAGUAGUUUACGGGACCAAGAGUCGCAGCGACCACGGCAGCUCGAAGGUGAAGCUGAAGAACAUAGUCGACUACAAAUGGGAAGUGAAGAACUACCCGGGGCACCUGAUCGCUGUCCACUUGGACGGCAAGUGUGUGGCGUACGUGAUAAAAGUAAAUAAUAAAAUGUCUGGUGGCGAAGGAAUGGUUCGGGUCAUAAGCGGCGAGAAGCGAGCGCUCAUCAAAGGAAUGACUGGGGAAGUGUACGAUAUUCAGUUCGCGCACAACGAAAAGCAGCGCAUUCUGGCAUGCGCCGAGGCGAGCAUGCUGCACAUUUACAAAGUCGACGUUUUGCCUGACAAUUUAGUUUGUAAUUUGCUGUUGGAGAUUGAGGAUCCGCUCCUGAACUAUAUCCCGAAGUAUGACAAGGUCUCGUGGUGUCCGUACGUUCCAGAUGAAGCCAGCGACACUGACGACGACGCUAGCCAGCUGCUGGUUUGGUCGCGCGGCAACUGUUGCCACUGCUUUAAUAUCAACACAGUAUUGAGUAGUUAUGGGAAUGGAAGACACAGCGCCAGUAGCAUCACCGAAGGAGCUUUGAAACUGAUGGACAAUGCGAUCAUUGUAACGUGGGUGGCCUUGUCUCCAGAUGGGACAACGUUGAGUGUCGGAAGUGACGAUGGCUACAUUCGUUUUUAUCAGGUCUACUUCCACGAGAAAGAGCCGAGGUGUUUGCAUCAAUGGAAUCCUCACAAUGGGAAGCCCAUCUCGUCCUUUUUCUUCUUGGACAAUUUAACAAAAACAUCGGCAGACGCUUAUUGGAAAUACGCCUUAACCGGAGCUAAUCGUAACACUGAAUUCAAAAUAUGGGAUUGCGGCACAUGGGAUUGUCUACAAAUUCUAUCCCUCCGCUCCAAUGAGACGGACAACCUAUCAUUUAUUGCUGACAUCGAUCGCACUGCUUCCUAUUUAAUUGUAUCCAGUGUUGAAACCAGCGUUGCAUACGUCAUCCAAUUGAUCAAUGAUGUAAUCAGUACAGAAAAAACGGACGAAGACGACUUUGAGAAAAACGCAAACGGCAAAUCUCCAACAGAAAUUGUCAACAGGGACGACGCAAACAAAAAAGUCAGCGUUUUCAUGAAGUCAAUCUCAGAAUUCCCCCUAUCCUCGCCUAUGUUAAGUUUCUCUAUUGUUGACGCUAGUGUAAGAAAAUACAAAUGCCAAGAGACUGAAAGUCUGCUAGCUGAAGAUCUAGACGAUUACGAUGAAGAAAACGCAACGUAUUGUGUCGUGGUUCAUAUGUUUGUUGUUCAACCGAAAAGUGUUCAAGAUUGUCAUAUAAUCUAUCAGCCAACUGUUUCUGAAACAGCUGAAGUAGGGAGCAGUCUUUCGAGCGGCGGGAAUUAUGUCGAUGUGUUGCUUGAUUCGUCGGGUCAGUGGAAUCCCGAGGAACCAAUUGCUCCGGAGAAAACCCUGGAGAAAACUGAAUUUGAGUCUUUCUCAGCGAAGUCAUACAUCAAAGCUUCCAAGUCGCCCAAGCCCCCUUUGACGGUGCCGCAGAAGAGUUCGCAUCCGGUGAACUUGAUGACCCCGGAUUCAUUCAACACAAUGAGUAGUGAAACAAAACAGACAGAAGCAGUCAGUUCUGAGGUAAUGUCUACAAUUCUGAUGCUGGCGAGUGUGACAAAUUCAUCGAAUGCUAAUCAGAAAUCGAUUGAGAACAUGAAUAUAUUGAAUUUAGUAAAUAAUAAAGUUAUUGAGGAUCGCGAGCAGCAGAAGCAUCAACGAACAAACAAUUCACAAAACGAAUUUUCGGAUAGUAACGAUAACUCGGGUCAACACGUUUGUGAUCGGCUACCAAGUGGUGGGUCAAGUCCGAGUCGGGAGGUGCAGCAAAUAUUGUCGAUAAAUGAUUACAUGAUACCACAACAGAACAAAUCAUUUUACUCGGAGAAAUCAACAACAAACGAUAAUGUGCAACGAACGGACGUCGAAAAUGGUUCUGCAUUCGGGGAGCGAAAAUUUGAGAAGAAUGCUGCUAAAUCCGCAGGAAAUCAUAAAGAAUGGUCCGAAUUUUCCAACCUGCCGAACAUUCCAAUAAAGCAUGCAGUUCAGUCGAACCAAUCAAAAGCGGAUCUCUCCGACUCGUCUGAGUUGAAGGAUGUCAACUCGAAAUUGGACCGGCUAAUAAAUCAAAUGCAAAAUCAGUCGCUGCAUAUAUCCGAGCUCAAAGCCGAGCUAGCGCAGGUGAAAAAACAAAAUGCUGAAUUAAUGGACAACGUCAAACGGACACAGUACAAUGCAGAGUUUAAGACGUCUAAACUGGUGGAGGAUUGCUUCGGCCGCCUCGAGAAGGAACAUAAACAACGAUGGGAAAGCCUGAUAUCGACUAGAAACGCCCAAAAUCGCGAACUAAAAGAAAGCGUCAUGCACCUCCUGAACCAAUUUUUAUUCAACCAAUUCCCGGAGAAGCAAUCCAACAUGCUGACCUCAGAAGUGCAGAAACAAAUAACGUCAGUGAUAAUGGCGAAAUUGGAUGUAAUCGAGCAACACUUUCAGAAUGAGAUUUCACAAAAACUCACAACAACAGAUAAAAUUCUCAAAGAGAACAUAGCCCAAGUAUGUAGAAGUAAGAAUAUAAUCGACGCUUUCGGCAAUUCGGUGGUGGCGGGAGUCCAAAAUGGUCUCCAAAACGCCUACGUCCACUCCAUGUCGAACACAUUAAUUCCUGCCUAUGAAAAGUCCUCCCGCGAAAUGUUUAAACAGUUGCAUGAGACGUUUUCGUUAGGAAUAAAAGAAGUUAUGGAGCAAUUUGAUAGUUACCUCUGUCAAAUUCAGCCCAUGAAAGCAAAAUUCGACGAUAUGUGGGGAAAAAUUGAGAAUUUCCACAAAUAUUUGGACACCGUUCUCGUGGAGCAACGAGCGAACGGGAACAACAACUGCAUCGAAAUAAAGAAGGAGUUGAAGUCGUUAGAAUCGAAUAUUGUCAGAGUUGUGACAGACAUAAUUCAAAAAGAGGUCCGUAAAAACUUCGAAACGCAAGCUGCCUCACUGGAAGAUUCAGUCCUCUCAGCAGUCCGAUCGCAAGCCCACACACCCGCCCCAUCCAUGUACGACGUGCAGGAUCAAAUCAAAUUUCUGCUGUUCCAAGGACAGAUCAAUAAAGCGUUCCAUCAGGCGCUCAUCGCGAAUGAUUUGACGCUUGUCGAGUAUACCCUGGAGAAGGCUGACCACAAGGCCGUGUUUCAUCCCUGCGUCCUGGAACAGACGGUCCUGCUGUCGUUAAUUCAACAAAUCUCGGCUGAUAUGGAUAAUCACACCGCCAUCAAACAACAGUAUUUAUCUGACGCAAUUUGUAAUUUGACGCACAACGAUCCGAUAACGAAGGAGCAUGCGCCUAGGGUGCUGAGGGAACUGUACAAAAAUUGUCAGAACUUCCUGGCGAACUAUCCGAAAAGUACUUUGUCCACCGGCGUUAAAAUGGCUAUGAUGGCUAUAACAGGAAUGGUCCCCAAAGUUCUGUAAUAUUGUAAUACUUAUAUAACGUUAAUAUAUCAUAGAUUAUUC